CCUCGGACUCAACAACUCCUGCUGCCUGUGAAAGAUCACCAUCCAUCUCACAGCUCAUGUUGAAACACAUUUCAGAAUGAGCAACUUCGUCGCCAACGAGGGACUCUCAAUCUUUGUUAUUCUGGUAUGGCUGGGGAUCAAUGCCUACCUGUUUGUCCAGUUCUACAUGAACUUCCUGGUCCAGAGGUGGUUUUACACCAGGGUCCUGCUUGGGCAUGCUUUGUCCUGGGCCAGAGCUCCUGCUGCCUGCCUGAACUUCAACUGCAUGCUCAUUCUGCUGCCAGUCUGCAGAAACCUCCUCUCCAUUCUUCGUGGCACCAUACAGUGCUGCAGUCGCACAGCAGCUCGGCAACUAGAUCGAAACCUCACUUUUCACAAACUGGUGGCUUACAUGAUUGCCUUCCAUACAGCCGUGCACAUAGGCGCACAUUUGUUCAACUUUGAGUUUUUUAUGGAUGCCCAGCUCAAUCGCAACACCAGCCUUCUGACCUUUGUCCUGUCAGAAAUUGGUAAUGGGGACAAUGCCUCCUUCCUCAACCCCAUCAGGACAAAUGAGACGAAUCCUACCAUCGUCAUGUUCACCACCGUCGCCGGGCUGACAGGUGUGGUCAUCACUCUAGCUCUCAUCCUCAUCAUCACUUCAUCCAUGGAGGUCAUCCGCAGGUCAUACUUUGAGGUGUUCUGGUACACGCAUCAUCUCUUCGUCAUCUUCUUCAUCGGCCUGGUGUUUCACGGCUACGCGCGUAUUGUGCGAGGACAGACGACGGAGAGCUUGAAGACAAAUAUACCUGAACACUGUGCUGACGAUUUUGAAAACUGGGGUAUAAAUGGGUCCGGCUGUGCUGUGCCAGAGUUUGCUGGAAACCCACCAGGGACAUGGAAGUGGGUGUUGGGUCCCAUGAUCCUCUAUGUGUGUGAGAGGAUUGUUCGCAUCUAUCGAUCCCACCAAAAAGUGGUCAUUACUAAGGUGGUGAUGCACCCUUCCAAGACUCUGGAGCUGCAGAUGAAGAAGAAAGGCUUCCAUAUGGAGGUGGGGCAGUACGUCUUCAUCCAGUGUCCGUCUGUCUCCAGGCUCGAGUGGCACCCCUUCACCCUGACCUCUGCCCCCGAGGAAGACUACUUCAGCGCCCACAUCCGUAUUGUCGGGGACUGGACUCAGGCGCUGUAUGAGGCCUGUGGAGGAAACACAAAUGAACCUCUGGAGGCCUGGACCCUGCCCAAGAUGGCCAUAGACGGUCCGUUCGGUACCGCCAGCGAGGACGUGUUUCGUUACGAGGUGGUCAUGCUGGUGGGCGCAGGAAUUGGAGUGACUCCUUUUGCCUCCAUCCUCAAGUCUGUGUGGUACAAACGCAUCCAGAACAACCAAGAUGUCUUCACUAAGAAGAUCUACUUCUACUGGCUGUGUCCUGAGACCGAAGCCUUCGAGUGGUUUGCAGACCUGCUGCAGUCUCUGGAGCGCCAGAUGACGGAGAAAGGCAUGAUGGACUUCCUCAGCUACAACAUCUACCUCACCCGCUGGAAGGAGCAGGAGGCAGCUCAUUUCCGUGUUCACCACGAGGCGGAGAACGAUCCCAUCACCGGGCUGAAGCAGAAGACUUUUUACGGGAAACCUAACUGGGACAACGAGUUCACCAAUAUUGAAUCACGGCAUCCGAGAUCUAAAGUCGGUGUGUUCCUGUGCGGCCCACCUAUGCUGGGGAAAGCUCUGGAGAAACAGUGUCUGUCUCAUUCAGAGGCUGAUGUCAAGUUCAUCUUCAAUAAAGAAAACUUCUAAAAAAAAAAGUAAAAACAUACGGCAGCCGGAUCACAAUAAGAAAGGAAACGUUCCAAGUAGCUGCCUGAUUAUGAGUCCACAUCAAGUUUGCUCUGAAUUUUACACCACAAGCGACUAAAUUAACACCUGUAACGAGCGGCCGCUCAUCAGCGACAGGCGUGAGCGUGAGCUUCUCGUCUUCGCUGCAGACAUUUUGCAAGGAUGGCAUUGUUACUCAAAAGAAGCCUUGUGGUAUUUUCUAUAUUACUGUCUUCUCCUUUUGUGUUUCUUAAAAAAGUGAAACUACUGCUUUCAAAAUGCUUCUUCCCUUUUUUUUCUCUCUCUCUUUUUCCCACCUCAUUGAUUUACCUUUGUGCCAGACGUGGAUUCUUCUUUUUUAAAAGAGGUUUGAAUUCCCAGACUGGACGGAGGAAGAGGAAGAAGGCUCUAAAGCUUUGGCUGCUGCAGAGACUGCAAAUGUCCUCCACGGAUCAAACAAGCUCCUGGAUGCUUUGUGCUUUUGUGUUGCUGUGUUUUUUGAUAAGAGCAUAAACACUUUUCUUUCAUUCUUUUUUUUUUUAAAGCUUGUUUCAGGGAAAAAUUGACCAAUCAGAUGCAAUCUUCUGCUGUGUGAUUAUCUCCUGAUUUCUCUGAAAGAAGUAGAAAUAUCUGAUCCAAUAAGAACAGGAAAGAGCAGCAGGCUUUGUUCUGUGCAGAGCAGCGAUCUGCUCAGAGCUCUGGAUGGUUUCUCUCUGGCAUGAUGAGAACAGGAAGUGGGCCGGGGGGUAAAUGUGGGUGAAAUGCAUGGUCGGAUCUACUCAUGAAGGCCUGCGUCACUUAAAGCUCCGGAAAAAUGUCCCGCAAGGUGACCCUAUGGCAUUUUAUUGUGUAGUGUGAGAUUGCUUUUUCUCAAUUAAUCACCCACGAAACUAAACAUGUUUUAAAAACUGCCCAAAUCUGACGGCAAUGGUCAGAAAAAUCUUCAAACGAGGCAGAAAAGUAGUUCAACCUUUUUAUUUUCAUAAUAACGAGCCUCUUCUGACCUCCUCUGACCUCAAAUAAAGGGUACAUGUUGUGGUACUUAACAUGCAGCCUGUGUAUUGCUUCAUUUUUUCAGCUGUUUUGUCAUAUUUCUGUAAGUUUUUGCACUCACCACCGUGUGAACUACUGUUUUUAAAAGAAAAAAAUGAGCAUGAACUCAUGGAGAAGUCUGUUAAAAACAUGCUGUUAUUACUAAUGCGUAAUAAAACAAACUCA